AUGGAGAAUGUGGAUCCGGACACGCUGCUGGAAUGGCUGCAGACGGGCACUGGGGAGCAGCGGGAUGUGCAGCUGAUGGCGCUUGAGCAGCUGUGCAUGACGCUGCUGAUGAGCGAUAACAUCGAUCAGUGCUUCGAAAGCUGCCCGCCGCGAACAUUCCUUCCUGCUUUAUGCAAAAUAUUUUUGGAUGAAACAGCUACGGAAAAUGUUUUGGAAGUCGAGGGAGCUGUAAAGGCGAUCUGUAAUCGUCUAGCGGUUGCUGAAAUGGACGAUCGUACGAGCAAGGAUCUCGCGGAGCAGUGCGUGAAACUGCUGGAACAUAUCUGUCAGAGGGAGUCAACUGCUGUUUUUGAUGCCGGUGGACUGCAGUGCAUGCUCACACUAGUGCGCCAGCACGGGCAGUGUGUUCAUAAGGAUACCGUUCACUCGGCAAUGUCAGUUGUAACGAGACUGUGUAGCAAAGUGGAGCCGAACGAUGCAUCAUUGCCGGAGUGCAGUGCCAGUUUAGGAGCUCUUUUGGAGCACGAAGAUCUGAAAGUGUCGGAGUGUGCUUUGCGCUGCUUUGCUGCACUCACCGAUCGGUUUAUGCGUAAAUCGAUGGAUCCGGUAGAAAUGGCUCAACACGGUAAUCUGGUGGAGCAUCUGCUGAGUUCUCUGGUAACAGCUCGUAUGAGCCAUGUGGCAUCGAACACAUCGCUAACACACAUACAUAAUGUGAGCUCUACGACUUCACGUGCGUCAAAUGAUUCGCCGGCCGUUGGUGUACACCGUCCAGCAUCAUUCAUCUCAAUUGUCAUCUCAGUGCUCAGUAAUCUCUGUCGCGGUUCACCUUUGUUUAUCCCCGCGUUGAAAUCGGUUCUGACAAGUAAGGAGGAGCGUUGUAUUAUGGAUACUCUACGUCUUUGUGACCUUGUUGUGUUGCUUCUCUGCGAAGGGCGAAGUGUUCUACCGAAAAGCGUCGCUUGUGUUGCAACCAGCCGAAAUGAAUCGGGUUAG